AUGUCCAAUAGUCAAUGUUCCGCUGAAUUCACUCAGGCAGCAAUUGCUCUUAAGACGUCAUUGACGGUGCCCGUUUCGGACAGACGGAAAUUAUGUGUUCGAUUGCCUGGGAUUCCACGGCACACGCUUGCGAAUCGGAAAAUAUUCAUUUAUGCAGAAAAUAAUUGCAGCUUAUCAUCCGUGUCCGGUUCCGAGUCCAUUUAGAGUAGACCAGAGUUGGGAUGUGAUGAUAAAUCGCUUCGUUGCAAUGCAUCCAGCAGGCCAUUGUCGGAACGAUUUGACGGCUAAAGAUCUAUCAUUGCUGGUGGCUGAACGUACGGAUUUCACAACAAAACCAUACAAAAGAUGA